UUUCAAACAUCUUAGCAUUAAGGCGUUCAGAAUUCUUUCAGUAAUCAAAUAUUCCAAGAAGCCACUAUGGAAAAUGACGAUGCUGUUCGUGGCAUACUCAAGGCCGGAAGCGCUUACGGCCAAAAUCCCCCACAAACAACGAAAACUGCCAAAUUUGAUGAGCUAAACGUUUUGCAGACAUUUCAUCCCGCUGAUAAGGAUUAUGGACAUAUGAUCAUUGAUGAACCAAAGACUCCGUUUGUAUUUGAAGAGGAUAUACCAACAGAUUUGGAUACGACAACACUUAUAGAGAAAUUGCGUCUUGCUUCUAAUCAAGAGGCACCAUCAUUUGGUAUGGAAAAUGAUUCCGAUGAAUCGUCCGAUGACGAAGAUUUCCCCGAAUCUGUCGAGGAGAAAGUGCGUCGUUUGGAAUUUGAAAGACGUCGCAAAUUGCAUUACAAAGAAUUUCUAUCAGUGCCAUUGGCUCGUCGUCUGAUAGAGCAAGAGUUUUCUCAUUUCGCAACUAGCUCAAAUGUGGAUUCAGAAUGCAAUACAACAAAAGAUUCCGAAUUCAGCACAAUAGAUAUAUGCCCCAGCUGUGAGGAGUUAUCGGCCAUAGCAUCGUUGUCUAUGGCCUCAGAGCGAUCGGCCAGUCAUAGCAGUGAAGACGGUGGUCAUGUUUCCCGUGAACCAGAACCUGGUUUCAGUCCAUCACAUCAUUGUUAUCAGAAAAUUAUGGCUGAUUUGGAAACGCAGGCUAUAACAUCCCUAACCCGUCUAAGAACUACGCCAUCAUUUCGGAAUGAGGACUCUGCCAAUCAUCCACGUGAACCGCAUUCAUCUAUUAUCCAGCCAUCAGACUCUGGCCAAAAGGGAAACCUCAACAAUCCAAAACAAUCCACUAAUGAUCCGAAGAAGUGAUACUAUGACUAUGAUACUUAUGACUUUUGUUUGUUUUUGGCUUCUAAAAUAGUAAAUUGUUUCCCGUAUAUAUACAAA